AAUGAUUAGUAUAGCAGUACAUCUCUAGUGCGCGUAAUGUAAUAUGGACGUACAGACGCAACGCAAAGCAAACUUUGUCUUGAUUGUGUAUUAAUUAUUGGAACUAGUGACUGUAUUGGCAAAAUGGAAGCAGUAGAAGAACCUCCACUUCUUAAUACAACCGUAGAUAAUAUGAAGGUAACUGUAGUGUUUGAUGAAAACAACGAAAACGAUGUGGCUUCGGUAGCUACUGAUGUAUGUCACAAAUCAAACGGCGUCGCGGAAUCCGAAUCUGCUGAAGUUGCUGCAGUAGAAAGUAACUCAGUGCCAAGCGAAGAUAGUAAAUGUGAGCCUGAAAGUGCUGAAACAUCUACAGACGUGAAUGAUAAAACGCAGGAUAUUAUUGAAGAAGUAGCAGAAGCUGCUGUGCCCAAAAUUAUUGAGUCGACUGACACAAUUGUAGAGCAUAGUCAGCAAACCACAGAUGACCCCUCUUCCACUAUAGAAGAACCAGCAGUUGUCAAGGAAGUUAUAACAGUUACUUCUGAAGAAGAAACAGUAGUUGAAGUUGAUAAUACUGCACAGGUAUGUUCAGAGAGAGUCACUUUUCAGACUGAGAUAUUAAUUGAAACAAAUGAUAAUGAUAUGACUGAAACAAUUACUGAAGAAUUGGUUGUUGAUGAUCAGCACUCCAACAAUUUACUCAGUGAACUCGGUCAAAGCAUUGAGCUUAGUGAAGCUUUACGCUCAUCAGAUGUGAGUGAUAGUGUAGAAAAUAAUAAUAGUUCUGUAAGACAGGAAGUGUUCAACAAAGAGGAGUUGUUGGACAUCUUGGAAGGAAAUGAUGAAGAACAAAGCGAGUCACCAAAUUUAAAAAAUGUGUCGUCUGAUAAAAUUCUUGAAGCUACUAUAGCUUUGCAACAACUUAAUCGAUUAAAAAGUGCUAAUAAAAAACGUGGCACCAAUGAAAGAUUGCCUAGAAAUCGAAGAAGUGAUAAAAUUGAGAAAGUAUCUCAGCAGAAACAAAAAGUGGGUAAUACUGAGGAAAAUAUAGUCAAUGUUCUUGUGAAAGAGUGGGAUGAUGAGGAAAUGGAGGGGGAAAAGACAAACAAGUUGUUACAAGAGAGUGAAGACUUGCUGAAGACUACUGAAGAUGUUGUCAAAACCCAAGAAAUAGUCACUAAAGAAGAAGAACAAGCAUCAGCUCGGUCAUCCAUCGACUCAUCUAGUGAUGGAAAAUUACAAGUCUUAAACAAAAGUAGUGAUGAAGGAGCACCACAACGCCGACUCGGUAGAGUUAUAAAGAAAAAAGUUAUAUUUGAUCCUGACAACCCAGAUACUUUUACCAAAUCUAAAGCUGCUGCUAAAAGCAAAGAACCAAGUAUGGAGAAAGAUGUGACUCCAUCAAAAAAAAUUAAGACUGAACCAACUUUUCAGAGGACCAAAUCUAAGUCACCUAUUGCAAAAUUACAAUGGAAAAAACCUUCUCCUAAGAACUGCAAACAAAAUAAGCGACUGACUGAAGUUGAUAAGUUGUUGAUGGAUGAAGGAGCUGUUAAUAUGAUUUAUCAGCUCACUCCUGAAGCACAAAAAGGAAAAAAAAACAUGAAAACUAAAGCAGAAUUCAUUAAAAAAUUACAAAGCUCAACACCUGUCUCAAAAGAAAUGAAAUUUAGAGAAAGGAAAAAGGAGUCAAAAUAUGAAGAAGGAGAAGCUAAGAAAAUUCUAGGUGGCAAACAGAGAUCAUCUUUAAAUAGUUCAGUAAAGUCACCCUCAGUCUGUGAAGACUUUGAGGCACAUAGUGCAGAUGAUUCUAUUAUUUAUAGACGGCACUCUUCAAGUUCUUACUCUAGUUCGUGUAUGAGUCCUCGACGGUUGAGUGAUGUAGAGUCUGGCUCUCGUAACCCCCCACAAACUGUGCAGGCUGAGGUUCAGAAUCAGUCCGCUGGUGAGAGCCCCAAUAAUCAUCCUUUGGCUGAUGUAUUCAUGUCAGAUAACACAGAUGCAAUCAGACCCGAUGCAAUAAAUAAAGAUGAUUGCUUGUCUAUUAAAGAAAAACUGAAUUCUAAAUUAAAUCUUGCCUUAAAUAAAAGAAAGCGUGAGAUUAUAAAAGGUGAAAAACCAUCAAAAAUUAAAAAACUAAUGAAAUCUGAUGAAAAGUCCCAUGUAAAUAGUGAAGAUUUUAAAUACUUGUCCAUUAACUUUGAUCAAAGAUUAGCUGAGAUUUGUGUUCAGAAAGCAGGGUCCAGAUGUAAUAUUGAGAUGUUAAAAGAGUUAGAAAAAGCACUACAAGUUGUUGAAGCAAAAAAAGACAUAUCAGUGACACUGUUGUCAUCUGAGUGUGCAACUGCAUACUCAGAUUUAGACUUAAGACCAUUGUUGGAUGAGAAUACUGAAAAGUCUUCUAACUUUGCUUACGAGAUGGCUGAAUCUGUAAGAUCUCUAUUAGAAACAGUGGAACAACAUGGCAAGCUAUUAUGUGCCGGGGUGAAUGGUAGAUGUUCAGGUGUUGGCCUGGCGUUGAUUGGCCUGUGCGAUGUGGCGUUAGCCUCUGAACGAGCAAGCUUCGCCAUCAGCCCUAAGUCACAUGGAGGUGUUGCGCCGAUAGAACCAGGCGCUGCGGCAUUUACUACAUACAGACUUUUGCCUCAACCAUUGUUGAACGAUUUGAUCGUUUUCGGUCGUCGGUUGUCAGCGUCGGAAGCAUUGCGAGGUGGAUUAGUAAGCCGUACACUAUGGCCUGAUAACUUCGGUGAACAAGUCCAGACAAUCGUUAAAGACAUCGCUUUACAACCCGCGCGAAAUAUCUGGCUCAAGAAACGGAUACUCAACAUGAAGAAGAGUGGGUCUGAGUCUACAUUCCUGGGGUAUUUGGAAAAGGAGCGAAAUUUGCUAGUCGAGUAUUGGACAUCGACAGAAGGACAGGACAUCUUGCGUGCAACAUACAACGCCUAAUUUUGUUACAAAGAAAUGAAUAUAUUUACAUUUUGCAAAUAGUAAAAGGAUAUAGUUGCAGGUCAAUGUUUUGGAUGACCACACAAUUGAAAUCUGAAAUUUGUUUAAAGGUUAUUUGCAUAUCCAUGUAUUCAUAAAUAAAGGGUUAAUAAUAAUGUAUAAUGGCUAUACAUUUAUAUAAAUGACAAAUUGUCCGACUGACAUCAAAAUUAUUAUAAAAAUAUUAAUUAGUGUCUGCCCUACAAAUGUAUUUGUAUAGGGAUUAGGUAUUGUGCAAAGACUGCUAUUAGUGCGAUGGUAGGCAACCAAGAGUGAGUGCAGGAAGAAUUUGAAAAAUGGUUUGAUUUAUGAGCAGAUUUAGAUCCUUGGUGUUGAAUAGAUUAUAGUUAUAGAAUAUUAUGUUAUGUUAUAGAUGAAAUUGUUUAUGUCCUUGUUUUAGAUUUUAUGAGUUUAUGACUAACGGUUUAGCAUAAUUUUCUUUUUCAGCCAAAGUUUGCAUUUACCGCUUUAUUUAAAAACAUCUUGUACGCAAUAUACACGAGGCGAUAGUUCACAUAAAAUUUAAUAAAUGUUAAUAAGUAAAGCAGUAAAGAAUAUUUCAUAAUAAAAAUAUAUGAUGUCUGACCACAGUUAUGUUUUAUAGAUUACAUUAAGUAUUUUUCAUUCCAUUUCUAAAUGGAACAUAACUGGAAAAUCUAUUAUAUCUUUCAUCCAUGUUUUGUUCAAGAUAAUACUGUUAAAUUAUUUUAUGUUUAUAUUUAUAAGGUACCUACCUAGUGGUAAAUUUAUUUCGUUUGGUUAAAAAAAGUGCCUUUUAUAUAAUAUCGAAAACGAUAUAUUUUGAGUAUAAACAAAUGUACUAUAAUUAUAUACAAUAAUAAUAGAGUGCUGACCCUUGGAAUGAUUUUUCACCAACGUUAAUUGGUGCACAGACAUCACAUGGUAUUGAAAGUUAUGGCCGCCGGCAGUUAGUUGUUUUUGAAGAAUGGACCGCAAUUAUAUCGCCUGUUCGCUGUGUAUCACUGUCAAUAUUUUACUGGAGCAAGGCGAACAGGUGGAGUGCAUAAGAUGCACUAGCAAUGUUGCACUUUCACCACAUAGUACAAAUAAUUGUGUGGUACCUAUGCGAAUGUCGCGAAUAGUCUAAAAUUGUUAUUUGAACAUGUUUAGAUUUUUAGUUGAUAAAGGUUACUAUGGGUUGAAUUGAUGAAUGUGUAAAUACGUUGUGGUGAAAAGGGUUUGAGAAAAUGUUUAAAUAUUAUUAUCUCAUUAAUUCGGUUAGUGGUUAAAGUUGGAUUAAAUGAAGUGUGUACAUAUUGAAUUUAAUGUUGACGGAUUUAAAGCUUUUAUUGAUGUGACACUGUAAUAUUUAAUGGUUCUUAUAGGAAAGUAUUCCACAAUGUGUUGUUUUCUAGUUGUUAAUACCUGCCACGUAGUUUGUGUUUACCCGACUUGUUGUAACACUGUACAAUCGACAAUAUACUUUAUUCAUUAACAACUAUAUGUUCGUAGCGCUCAUCGGUGAGCAUGUCAUCACUUUCACAAAUAUUUUAAAAUAAUUAUGUGUGUGUGUGUGCAUUGUCGACACCUACAAUUUUGUCAUACUAAGUACCUACUGUUAAGGUUCAUUUUCUAAUGAUUUUAUUUUCAAUUGUUCAUGUAUGUAUAUUUACAAAGCCUUAGAACUUAUCAAUUUUGUUGAGAUAUUAUUUUCUUCAUAUAUUUCUACUUUAUUGUCAUACCCGAAUGUUUCAUUUACUCAUAUAAAAUAAUUUGUAUUCGAAAUAACUCGCAUGAUAAGUAUAAAGAAUUUUAUUUUAUUGUCAAAUGACAAUGUUGUUUCAAAAUUCAUCCAAAUAGUUAAGGUCAUUUAAAUUAUGGGUUAAAUAGUUUUAAGUCACAGAAUUAUGUCACAUCCGAGUAUGUGAAUAGUGUAAAAUUAUAAUUAAGUACUCUA